UACGCCUUUUUUUUCCUCUUCAUCACGGCGGUGGGUCGGAGCCGCUGUGUCCCCGGGCUGGCACGUUCCUAGCUAAAUUCUCCACAGUAUAAAAUUGGGUUCCCCUCUAUUUCACAACCCGUCCCCCUAAAAAAAUUAUUUGGUUCCCUGCAACUGUUUAUAUAUUUUCGCUUAAGACAGAUUUCUAAAUCCCCUUCAGAUAUCUUAGAAGAUGGCGGUGGUAAGCGGGAUGUCAGGGUUGGCGGUAGCCCGGCUGGAGGGCCGAGAAUUCGAGUAUCUCAUGAAGAAAAAGUCCGUGACCAUCGGCCGGAACUCUUCGCAGGGCUCCGUGGACGUCAGCAUGGGACACUCCAGCUUCAUCUCCCGCCGGCACCUAGAAAUAUUUACCGCAGGAGAAGAUGGCACCGGCACGGGGGAAUUCUACCUCCGAUGCCUUGGAAAAAACGGGGUGUUUGUUGAUGGGGUGUUCCAGAGAAGAGGGGCUCCACCUUUACAGCUUCCGCGAAUGUGUUGUUUCCGCUUUCCCAGCACAAGUAUAAAAAUAACGUUCACAGCCCUGUCCAAUGACAAGAAAGAGCCAAGGAACGUGCCAGAAUCACCGAUCAAGCCUGUCCAGCCCCAGAUUUCCCCCCUGACCAUCAACAUUCCUGACAACAUUGCACACCUCAUGAGCCCGCUGCCUUCACCUACUGGAACCAUCAGUGCAGCAAAUUCUUGCCCAUCAAGUCCACGUGGGGCAGGACUGUCCAGCUACAGGACAUCUCGCAUUCUGACCUCCGAUCUUAUAGGAGACAGCUCCCAAUCAGAAAACGACAAGGAGGCCUCAGGUGAAGACAGUCCAAAGGAUGACUCCAAACCUCCAUAUUCAUAUGCACAGCUAAUAGUUCAAGCUAUCACCAUGGCUCCGGACAAACAGCUAACACUGAACGGAAUAUACACCCACAUCACCAAGAACUACCCCUACUACAGAACAGCAGACAAAGGCUGGCAGAAUUCGAUUCGCCACAACCUGUCUCUGAACCGGUAUUUCAUCAAAGUGGCUCGGUCUCAGGAAGAGCCAGGUAAAGGCUCAUUCUGGAGGAUCGACCCCGCCUCUGAAGGCAAGCUGAUAGAACAAGCCUUCAGGAAGCGCAGGCCCAGGGGUGUGCCCUGCUUCAGGACCCCUGUAGGGCCAUUGUCCUCCAGGAGUGCUCCAGCUUCUCCAAGCCACACUGGGGCACUGUCAGCCCACUCUAGUGGGGUCCAGACCCCAGACAGCCUGUCCAGAGAGGGCUCCCCAGUCCCCAUGGAGCCAGAGCCAACUCCACCACCAGCCCCAACCCAAGCCACAACAAUCCAGCCCAAACUCGCCGUCAUCCAAGAGGCCCGCUUUGCACAGAACUCCCCAGGCUCCCCUCUCAGCAAUCAGCCAGUAUUGAUCGCUGUGCAGCGCCAGAUGCCUCAAACGACCAUGAAGCCUGUGACCUAUGCCAUGGCCACACCAGCCAUUGUUACGACUACAGUUAGCUCUGCCCCUGUCAUGCAGACUGUGCAUGUUGUUCACCAGAUCCCAGCUGUCACCAUGGCAACUGUUGGUGGACAGCCUGCUUCUGCAGUGAGCAGCGAACCUCAGGAGAAUGGAAGCAGAGAGCACAAGGAGAUCAAAGUAAAAGUGGAGCCGGUCCCAUCCAUUACAGCCUCCUCCAUAGGUGGAGUCAGUCGUAUCAUCCAGAGCUCUCAAGCUGCUCCUCUGACUACGGUUACCAUCGUGCAACAAGCUCCGCUCGGUCAGCACCAACUCCCAAUAAAGGCCAUCACACAGAAUGGGACCCAUCUGGUCCCCAUUAGUACUGCCGCUAGCACAGCUGUUGCAAACCCUCUGCAUCUCCUGGCAACUCACGCUUCAGCCUCAGCUUCCCUCCCCACUAAAAGGCAGAACGGAGAACUGCAAGACCAGCCUGAGACAAAGAGGGUGAAAAUGGAGGAAGAAGGGGAGAACGAAGCAGCGGCUGCCAACCGCAACAACGGCACCACGGACAGAGCGGGAGAAGGAGGGGUCAGUGAGCAGGUCGGCGACAAGUAGCCCGCCCGCUCCCAACGGCUCCCAUCUGCAUCCUGACCCCUGCUCUCCUGUACGCAUUGAGCCACACAUCUGACCUGGUGUCAUUAUCUUACUCCAAGGUGCCAAAAAGCGAAGGACUACAGAAUGUGCAAACUCUUCUCGACCUCUCCUCCAUGUAUUUCCGACCACGAAACGUGAUGCAAAAACUAAAAGACCAAACCUAAAAAUGGAAUUGAGAGAGUUACUGACGACUGUAAAUGCCCAAUGUUUGAGACCCAGAUGGCGAGAGGAAGCACAGAAAGGAAAAAAGAUUUGAAAAUCCACAUUAAAGGAAAAAAAAAAAGAGGCUUUUUUUUCUUUUCUUUUUCUUUUAGCAACAAUGAGUCCCAAAACUCACCCAAAGAAGACAAGGAGUCUUAUCCUGGUAGCAUUACAGACAAGCGCUUAACUGUGUGUCAGAUAGAAACAGCAAACAAGUGAUCUCACCAGUAGUGUAUUCCACAAGGGGAAGUGUGUGUAUGUACGUGUGGACAUUCCCAUCUUCGGCAGCUAGCCUCCAUGUCGACCUAGCUAACCCAGUUGUGAGUAGAUAUGCAGUAUUCUGUUGUACAAGUGUAUCUUUGGAUAUUUUGAGUCUUUCUCCAUUUCCCGAGGCACAGAUACUAUCUAGUAAUAAGAUAACUAAAGCUAUAAGUGGCGUCAUUACAACAUUAUUUUUCUUUUUGUUUGUUUUUUUUUUUUUAAUAAUUUAUUUUUUUUAAUAUUGCUGUUUUUGUAUGUGGACUCUGUUCGGUGAAAUGAAUGUAGUCUCCAAUUUUUUUUUUUCCUUUUAUUGAAAACACUAUGGAGUUAAUGCCAGUUUUCUGCUCAUUCAUGCAAAUUAAAUUCCUUUUAUCACUGUACAUCUACAGAAUUUUCAUAUUUUGCAAAUAUCCUAAGAGUUAAAAAUAUAUUCCCAUGUGUAUUUGACCGUAUGCUUCAUUGAGCUUGCAUGUUAUGGUUCUAGAAACAAUGUACCUGAGCAGAUUAUCCGACUAUGGAACUGAAGAAAAUUUUGACUGGAUCUACGCUGAUUCUGACCAGUGCUGCACUUAACCUCUAGUUCUUUUUUCUUUUUGUUUUUAAAUUGCAUUUUUUAAUUUGUAUAUUUCUAGUUUUCCUUUGUUUUGUUUUCCUGUCAUUAUUGGCUGUUUUUUGUUACCUUUGUGUUGAAGUUGGCAGUCUGUUGGCUGGAUUCUUUUACUCCUUUCAGGCUACUAAAAAAAGUCUAUUCAGAUUGUAUUCUAUGUUACACAAAGAAAAGCAAGUGAUAGGUGUUUGUUCUGCUUCAGUGGAAAAAUGCUUUUUUUUUUUAUUUUUUUUUUUUUAUAAAUUUAUUUAAAACACAAUCUCCUAGUUUGUAUUUCUUUGAGUAAACGCCUUUUCUGCUGGGCAAAUGAUGCAAA